AUGGUCCAAAGAAAAUCGCAGGAUUUAAGAAAGAAGAAAAUCCCUGCAGUGUCACUGGAUGUGCAGAUAACACCCAGUCAUGGGGAAAUCAGUAUCGGGGAGUCCAAAUUCUUCAUGUGUGAAGUUAUCGGUGGGGCAAAACACAUAGACUGGUUCGGGCCAAGCGGCGACAGGAUAGAACCCAACAGACCCGACAUCACGGUGACCCGAAACGACGAGACGUCAUCCAUCCUCACGCUGUACCGAGCUAUGACGGAGAACGCCGGCACUUACAAGUGUGUCGCCACCAAUGGCGAUCAACAGGGAGAGUCAACGGUUAACAUUAAAAUAUUCCAGAAAAUCACCUUCACAAAUGCCCCGUCGCCCCAAGAGUUCACUGAAGGGGACACCGCUGUCAUUGUGUGUGAUGUCAUCAGUUCUCCUCCUCCCACAAUACUCUGGAAGUACAGAGGAGCUAGAAUACAGAUGGAAAAAGAUGUUCGCUUUAAGGUGCUGAACAACAACCACCUUCAAAUCCGUGGCAUAAAGAAGACCGACGAGGGAUCGUACACCUGUGAGGGACGCCUGAUGGCCCGUGGCGAGAUUGAUUUACGGGUUAUCAAGGUCAUCGUGAACGUGCUCCCGACAAUCAGAGUAUGGCAGUCAGAGGUGAAUGCCACAGCAGAUAUUGGCCAAUCUGCCAUGUUGACCUGUGCAGUUGAUGGCUAUCCCGAACCAAUGGUUACCUGGACAAGAAACCAAAUGCAUCUGGAGGCGGGGGAGAAGUACAGCUUUAACGAGGAUGGCUCAGAGAUGUCCAUCAUGGAUGUGAGCAAGCUCGAUGAGGGCGAAUACACCUGCAUCGCUAAAAACAAGGCCGGGGAAGCAGAGCAGGAGCUUAGUUUGAGAGUAUUUGUCAAACCUAAGAUCACCUAUAUUGUAAACCAAAGCACGUCCGAGAUGGAGGAGCAGGUCAUGCUAACUUGUGAGGCUUCUGGGGAUCCGACACCCACCAUCAGCUGGAGCUACGGGAACCGUGUUUUUACAGACGGCGAGCAGGCACACCUAAACAGGAUCUAUCAGGCAUCAUGGACUCGUCCUGAGCAACACAAGAGCGAGGAUGGGAAUGUGGUGGUGAGGAGUGACGCUCGCGUGUCAUCCCUCACGCUAAAGUACGUCAAGUACACUGACGCCGGUCAGUACCUGUGUUCUGCGCGCAGUGCCAUUGGGGAGGAUGACCAGGGGGCUUAUCUGGAAGUCCGCUAUUCUCCUAAGAUCCACGGUGAAGUGGCGGUGUACACCUGGGAGGGUAACGCUGUCAACAUCAGCUGCGAGGUGCAAGCUUACCCAAGCCAAGUCGCCAUAGUCUGGCUGCGAGACGGACUGAUGCUGCCCAAUGCCAACACGAGCAACAUUAAGAUCUUCAGGUCGCCCUCGGCCAGCUACCUUCAAGUGACACCGGUGUCUGAGAAUGACUUUGGGAGUUACAACUGCACUGCUUCGAAUGAGAUGGGAACAGAAGCCAAAGAGUUUGUCCUCAUUCAAGCUGAGGUGCCAUCAUCUCCAUUCAUCAAUGAGGUCUCACCUUUCUCCACCACCGCUUUCAUUCAGUUCGAGGAGCCUGAGUCCACUGGAGGCGUCCCUGUGCUCAAAUACAAAGCGUUGUGGAGGAUGCAAGACAGGGGCAGCUGGUCGCAAAGGAUCUACGAGCUCAAAGAUGGCACCUUUGGCGAGUUGACCAUCACACACCUACGGCCAGACACCAACUACGAAGUCAAGAUGUCUGCCAUUAACGGAAAAGGGGAAGGUGAAAGCUGUCCUGUUGAGAUCUUCAAGACGGAGCCAGUUCAUGACGUUUUUGGUUCUUUCUCAGAAGACACAGGUAAGCCAAGUCCUCCUAAACUGGAAGGGGUGCUUCAGCCAAUAGGCAACUCCCUGAAAGUCAGCUGGAUCAAGCAGGAUGACGGUGGAUUACCCAUCCUCCAUUACCUUGUGCGCUUCAAACCAAUUCAGUCAUCUCAGUGGAAACCCGAAAUCCGCAUGCCCAGCGACAGCGACCACGUGACCCUGAGUGGGUUGGAAUGGGACACUGACUACGAUAUUUCCGUGGUGGCCGAGAACCAGAAGGGCAAGUCGCAGAGGGCCAGCAUGUCCAUGAGGACGUCUGUACAGCCGGCUGUCAUGCCAGCGGACGUGGAUGAGGACACGGGGUUCCCCAUGGGCGUCAUGCUGUGGGCGGGCAUUCUGGUGGUGGCGUUCGUGCUGCUGCUCCUGGCAGUGGACGUCACGUGCUACUUUGUCAACAAGUGCGGACUCAUCAUGUGCCUGUGUGGCAAGUCGGCCUCCAGCACCAAAGGAAAAGACCUUGAAGAGGGCAAGGCUGCAUUCAUGAAAGAUGAGUCAAAAGAGCCAAUUGUGGAGGUCCGGACGGAGGAUGAGUGCACAGCCAAUCACAACGCAGCAGGCCCAACAGAACCCAACGAAACCACACCUCUCACAGAGCCAGAGCUGGCGGCUUUCACCGCUGCCCUGGCAUUGGACACGCUUUCUUCUGACACGGCCACGGCCACCAUUGACCCCGCUCAGGACAGCCCUUCUAGCGAGACCACCACGCUCACGUGUAGUCUGUCCACCCCGGCCAAUGAGCCUGCGCCCACCCCGGCUCCAGCACCCAGCCCGGAGACCAGCGCGGCCCCGCCGACUCCCCCUGUCAGCAGGGCGGCUGUCGAGGCCAAGAUUGCGCCGCUGGUCAGCCAGAGAGGAGGUGAGCAGAAGGCCAACGAGGAGGAGAAAAACGAAAGCGACGCACCUCCGGGCACCCCCGAACGGACUCAGAAAUCCGGGACGCCCAUCCCGCCUAAACGCAGACACUCUCCUAAACUUGCUGCCCUGAGGGCUAAAGCGAGCCCGCCUGUAUCUCCGUUGGCCACCGACCCCCCUGUUACUCCCGACUCCAAGAAGCCUGCUCCGAGCCCACCAAUUCUUCCCAAAGACCCCAAUUCAAACACCGCCUCUGACAAGCCCGUCCAGCCGUCCUCCUCCCAUAACUCCCACACUAACCCCACUUCUUCAGCCAUCCGUAGUGCUCUAACAGCACCGGAUGCAGAAGACUCAUCCCCUCUGGUCCUUGACAUCCCCACCCCUAUCUCCCCCCAGCCUCAUACCGAUCUCCAUGCAUCCCCACCACACAUGUACGACUUACUCGCCCGCGACAUGGGUCUUGAUAACGCCACAUUCGAUUUAGAGCUGAGUAACGGCACGGACAGACACUCGGCCAUUCCCGACGAUCUAAUUAGCUUAGAGAGCCCGCCCGCUGCCCCUUCUCUGCCCAAUGGAGACGGAGCAGACCUCCCCCCGCCAGAGGAAUCAUCAGAGACUCUGACAAAGACCACUCCUCCUGUCAACGAUGAGAAUAUUUUUUCAGACGGAAAAGGCAAACUGGAGGACGAGCUGUCCAACGCCCUGACGGAGACUCCCGCCGAGCACAACAGUGUCAUACAGACAAAAGCCGCGCAGAGCAUAGCAUGA